AUGGGUUCCGGCAAGACAGAAUAUCAAACUCCCCCGCGAGUCUCCCACAAAGAUGCACCGCAAUACGCAGAGACGUCGAUGGGAUCUGCAAGUCUCCCCGAUGAUGUAGGAUCAGCGUUUCCCGACGACGAGCUUCCGCCCUACGAGAAUAUCCUUGCAGAGACUCCUCUCCUUGGGCAAGCAUCAACCGCGGCGGCCGCGACCCACCAGGCAUGGAACGCCCCUCCGCCAGAUCUCCCAUGGUCCAGCCAUGAUCUCUACCGUGGCGAAUACCGCACCCGGUUCCCGGACUACUCGACCCGCCCGACAGCCCUCUAUCAGAUGGUCAAGCAGCAAGCCCAGCACCCCCCCUCGUACUUUGUCCAGCUCAGCGGCUUCCACCACGAGACGCGCCGGACGGGGAACAAGGACACGAGAGAAAAGAUCCAGGAUUUCCUCAUCUCAAUCAACAUCACCGACUUGCUCGGGCGCGGGGAGAUGGAGCUCCUCCCAGACAACAAGCGCGGGUACCGAGGAACGAGGAUCGUGUCGUUCCACCCCACCGUGAGCGAGGGCGCAGACGGCGAGGAGGGCGGCGGAGGCACGGACAGGGAGCUGCAGAAGUGGUGCGAGAGAUACGUGGCGGACCGGUCGGGCGUCAAGUCCUUCACCCUGAAACGCGAGAUUGCCAACCACGAUCAAAGGAGACUGGAGACACUUCUCCACGCGGCGAUUGCAGAGACCAACUACCGCGGCCACCUCUCCGUCACUUUCCCGGUGCAACACAGCGCGCUGAUCGUCUACAGCCCAGGCAAGAUCAACGAGUGGCGCAUCACGGUCUGGAUCCGCUGGCUGUUCUACUGCUCGUUCCUCUGGCUCUUCGCCUGGCCCUUCCUCGCCCUCGUCACGGCCCGCUACGAGACUGUCAAGGUGGUCUUCCGAUAUGCAGAUUCCCCGCCGGGUAGCGUCAACCGGCGAUGCGCGGUCAUGACCGAGGUGGAGUGGUUUCACAGGUGGGAGAACGCCAUCAAGAGAGCGGCGUUUUCGAGGAUUGUAUGCAAAGAUGCCGCCUUGGAUGAGCAGUAUCGGCUUGCGACCGAGAGGGCGGAUGCUAGUAGAGGUCAGGCGUACCAGCCCGAGACUCCCAGGACUGGGAACGCGUUGGCGGAUGGUGCGUUUGGCUUGCUUGGCCAGGGCUUGAGACUUGCUUCGGACUUCAAUGCUAUGAGGGGGUGGGGGGCUGACUGCUAG